ACUUGACGGGUAGCGGAGAAAGGGAUCCCAGCUAGGCCAGUCUGGUUCUGAUCGAGGGGGUGCCGGGGUUUCUGCGCACCAUGGGGAAAAGGGAUAACCGGGUGGCUUAUAUGAAUCCCAUAGCAAUGGCUAGAUCACGAGGUCCUGCUCCAUCUUCGGGUCCUACUAUACAAGACUACUUGAACAGACCAAGACCGACGUGGGAAGAAGUAAAAGAACAAUUAGAAAAGAAGAAGAAGGGUUCCAAAGCCUUAGCAGAAUUUGAAGAAAGGAUGAAUGAGAACUGGAAAAAAGAGUUGGAAAAACAUCGGGAAAAAUUGUUAAGUGGAAGCGAAAGUACUUCGAGAAAGAAAGAGAGAAAGAAAAAGGAGAAGAAGAAAUCCAGUAGGUUGUCUCCAUCUUCCUCUUCCUCAUCAAGCUCUGAUUCUUCCAGUAGUUCUUCUGAUUUUGAAGAUGAGGAUAAGAAACAAGGGAAAAAGAGAAGGAAAAAAAAGCAUCGCUCCUCACGGAAAUCAUCUGAAAGCUGUGGUUCAGAUUCUGAGUCGGACGGCAAGGACAGCUUAAAAAAUAAAAGGUCAAAGGAAGACAAUGAAAGAGAAAAGGAUACAAAAAACCUUGAUAGGAAAAGGAAAAAAACAGACCGUGGGGAUGGCUUGUUAUCAACAGACUCCUCCUCAGAUUCGGAGCACACAGAUGAGGUACCAGCAAAAAAGAAGAAAAACACUGAAGAGAAAGAGAAAAAUGUUAAAACAAAAAAGCGGAAGAAGCACAAGAAACAUGGCAAAAAGAAAAAAAAGAAGACAGCCAGCUCAAGCUCUUAUUCGGAAUAACUUCAGUCAAGACUCUACCCCCCCUUCUCAUCAAAAGUGCAAUGAGACUAGCAAGAACUGCAACUGUGAAAAUGAUGACAAAACUUUACCAAACUGCAUGAGCUCUCCUGUGUGUAAACAAUAUUCUAGACUUUCAGCUUACCCAGUGCAGUUGGGCUGGAAAUAGCCAUUGUUGUUGCCUGAUGCUUAAAUAUAUGUAGUACUCCUCCUUCCCCGCCCUCCAGUAGCUGGUGUUAAAUGUUUUGAAAUAAUUCCUGCACAUGGUUUAAUGAUUGAAUAGCAGUGAGAAAUUCGGUUGAUGCAAAAAAAAGGGGGUGGGUUGUCCAUUACAGAGCCUUUGAAUGUGCUCUGGUGCCCACAUUUGGCUUUAGCACCCAUGGGCUCCCCUGCAUUUUAAUGGAAGGAGCCUUUUUAUACACAUAAAGAACUGAACUUGUGGAUCAGCUCUAUCUGCUGGAUUGAAAGGGGCAGCCCCUGUGAAUGUACACUCUGCAUGUGCACCUGUUCCCAUAAGCAAAACAGAAUUGGGGCAUUUUAAUUUUGAACUGGUUAUUAAAUUUACUUUUUCAUUACA